AUGAGUCCUGAACGCAUGCUGAGGACCAGUUGUCUCAUCAAAACCUUUGACCUGAGAUCUUCACUCAGUGCGCCACAUCUUCUCAUCCAGGGGGCUGAUUCAACAGUUUUCCUGACUGCAGUGAUGAAGGUUAACGUGCUGGCCUUUGCUCCUUUGCUGGAUGCUGCCUGUGAGUGGAUGACGCGAGAUGCCAACGACGGCAUCCCAUUGAGCAUGGUUGAAGGUUCAGUUGAUGACAUCUAUCUUGGCUGCAAUGAAGCAAUGAUGGAAAAAGUCAAGGACGAUUACUUUAAAGAAAAACGGCGCACUGGUCGAUUUAAAAAUGCUUGGAAUAAUGCAAAAAAAUGCACUGAAACUAAAUAUAAACAAAACGAGAAUAAGGCUCUCACCAAAGGUCAUAUACAAGCAAUCUGUGUUUAUACAUCUAACGAGGUGUUCGAGGAAUUCAAUAAUGCAGUCCGGACAAACGGCAGCGUCUAUAGCUCCUCAUUCGAAUUCCACUCUUUACAUUACCUGCUGACAUCUGCUAUACAAAUCUUGAAUAGCAAUAACUACUGUCACCGUACUUACAGACAAACCAAGGCUAGAUUUACUGGGCAAGUCAACCAAAUAAUACGGUUUGGCUCAUUUACAUCCAGCUCUUACAGCACUGACUUGAAAGAAUUUGGUAACAAGAGCUGCUUUGAAAUUAAGACCUGCUCAGGCGCUUUGUUGGAAAGUUAUUCAGUAAUUCCAGCUGAGAAAAAGGUGCUCAUCCCUCCCUAUGAGAUGUUCAAUAUAACUGCAAUUAAAGGUCGGGGUAAAAUUGAAGGUCUGAACGAUUGUGAAGUUGUCUUUGUCUUGGAGAGUGCAGGGGUUAAGAGCAAUCUGAACUGCAAAGUUGUGCAUACAUGA